AUGGCAGCCAACAGAGCACCUACAUCAACUACAAAUGUUAAAAAAGAUCUGACAUAUUUCUCGGAUGAUCAAGAAUUUGAGACAGACUUGGAGGAUGAUUUUGACGUUGAUAACUCGCGGAAGAGCAAACCCAACAAGACAACUGUGGAGCGAUAUUUUGAUGCCUGUGAAGCCCUCAACACUGUUCCUGUUGCCAAAUUUGUUCGUCAAUCUCCAAAAGGCCAUGUAGAUCUUAAACAUUAUGGAAUACGAGAUAUCGGCGCCCAGGCAAUCGCCAUAGCGCUAGAGCAAGACAUUGUGGUUACAACCCUAUAUCUCCAUGACAACGGGAUUGGAGAAGCAGGAGCCGUUGCUCUGUCCAGAAUGCUCAAAGAUAACUGUUUCGUGCAGAACUUUGACAUUUCGGAGAACAAAAUUGGGAGACUAGGCACUAGAGCAAUUGGAGACAUGUUACUGGAGAAUGCUUCGCUUCAGGAAGUAAACUUAAGCGGUUGUGGAAUUCAUGGUAAGGAUAUAAAGCAGUUUUUAAAAGCCUUAUCUGGCAAUCCUUACUUGAAGAGCUUGGAUUUCAGUUAUAAUGAUCUAGGUGACGAGGGCGCCAUUCACUUGGGCCGUGCGCUUUCCAAAAAUCAAAAGGUGGAGCUUCUUGAUCUUAGCUGGAACAACAUUCGUGUCGCGGGCAUCGAGGCGCUCGCCAAAGGACUGGCGACGAACAAGAAACUAAGACAACUGGAACUUUCCUGGAACUGCUUCUUGGACGAAGGGGCGAAUCAUCUUGGCUCAGCUCUGCUGAAAAACAAUUGUCUUAAAGUACUGGAGGUGCAAAGUUGCGGGAUUCACACUGCUGGGGUUUUCAAGAUCGCCGACGCCUUAAAGAAGAAUCAAAGCCUUGAGGUGUUGAGGAUCGGUAAAAAUCCCUUUCAGAGUUCCGGUGCGGGUUCACUUCUCCGCGGAAUACGAGGCAACCAGACGGGUGCUUUGCGCGAGCUCCUUCUGGACGAUGUGGUGUUUGACAAGGAAUGCGAAAGGGAGCUGGACGCUCUGCUCCAGGAACGACCAAACUUCAACUGUUCUUGGGAUGUCAGUAUCAGGGGAGGAGACGCAAUGAGAGGCAAGAAAAAAAAGCCAGACGCAGUGGAGAUUUUUCUCGCCUUUGUUCGAACACGAGGUCUUCGUCUAAUAGACUUGUUCAGGAUGUUGGCCAAGGAUGGAAACUCAACGACUCUCACCAAAACUGAAUUUAUCACUGGGAUGAAGAAACUCAACGCCCCCCUCAAAGAUCACCAGCUUAGAGCGCUGUUCGACGUCUUGGACGAGAAUCAUGACGACAGCGUGGAGUUUUAUGAGUUCCUUAGCUCCAGGGGUCACUAUUUAAAGACAGCGCAAAAAAAAUAA